UACUUUAAACAAUUUUUCAUUAAAUAUUCAAAUAAAUUAAAAAAACAUUUAUAUUUUUUAUUACGAAGAUGAUCCGACAUCCAAAGGACGAUUCUCGAAAUCUUUGAGAGAAAUGAUUGAUUUCUCAGUUGAUGGAUCAAAUCCAUCAUUCCUUCGAAAUUUAAACACGUGUUCGGUUAGUUUGCUUUGGAGAGCGGAUCUCUCCAGGCAAGGAGAGGAGGAAGAGGAAUUACGUGACAUCCGCAUCGUCUAUUCGAAAAUUGAUUUUGUUACACGUAACUUACUACAUGCACUUGUUCGAACAAGAGGAUGGUUAGAUUCGUCGAAACGUUUUCGUAUUUAAUGGCAGAGCGUAUACGUUCGCCUACGAGUUCCACGAUAGAUUCUUAUUUGCCAGUGAAUUCUCAAGAGUAGUUGGCAAUUAAAAGUUUCUCUACGGAACCCUUCAUCGUGAUUUCACCUCGAUGCUUCUUGCCUCGAGCCGUCGUGGAAACGAGGACGUAACAAAGAGAUUUGUUGAAAAUAUUAGCGAAAUUCGAGACGACGAAGAAUUCCUUUUCUUUGAACACAGCGUUCAAUACAACAAAUUUCUAUCGAUGAAUCAUUCCUCCUCGAUUUAUCUCGUGAUUCACCUUCGACACGUCACCGAGAAAAUAUCGGGCAUCUUAUGUUACGUCAUAUGUACUAAAUAUCGAUAUUUAUGGAGCAUCUUCGAAGAGGAGAGGAGGAAACAUUGUUUCAGCCUACGUUUUACGCUGUUUGAAUAAGAGUCAGCAGAAGGUGUUUUCCAACUUCUGUUUACGCUCGCGAAUUCUAUGUACGUUAUAUACGUUGCACCUCUCUUCUUCGAAAUUCUUCGAAAAGAUACCUCGUGAAAAUGGACGACGACCGAUAGGGAACAUCGAAAAUUCGACGAUCGUUCCCGUGUCCGCGAUAUUUUGAAUUUUAACGCGAACAACCAGGUCACGGAGGAUGGACGAAGGAAGGAAGCAAAGAGGGGGAAAAGAGGUUGACAAAGAAGGAAAUACGAUAAGAUAAGAAAGGAAGGGACAUUCGAAAAGUUUUCGAAUCAGAAUACAAGAUACGAUCUUUGGCGAUUUUUAACCUGGUUUUCUAUUAAAGUCAGAGGGAUGUUUCUCCUCUACCUUUACCUCACUCAUCGAUGAGAUUAUAUUAUAACUAAAUAGGAUAACUUUCGAAUUUUUUAAUAUUUUAACAAAAAAAAAAUAAUUGUAUCUUCAUGAUAAUAUAAUCGGAUUCUGAGCAAAUAGAUAUUUUAAUCAGAAUUUAAUUCUAAUCCGCGAUUUUCGACGAAGAAUAGAAUCUUGAAAAUGAUAUUUUAAUAAAAGAAUGUCAGAAUCAGGAUUUUCAAAAUCUAACUCUUUGAGCAUUUCGAAUUGAUAAAAUAUUCGAGUAAAUUUAUUAACGCUGCAAAACUUCCUCUCUUUUAAAUUUCCAGAAUCUCCCGAAUCGUAAUAUGUAGCAUUUUUGAUAUGCAAUCGUAAUACUUCCAAGAAUAUUCCAAUCUCGAUAAAUCUUCCACCCAAUCCAAUCGAAUAUUUUCGAGUUCUCUACACACUUGUAACCAUUAUCCAAUGUAAUAAAAUCCUAUUUUGUUGCAACUCGAUUUCCCGAGUUUGAAACGUAAAUCCGUGGAUCGAAUAUUUGACAUUUACUUACCUGAUAUACGAUGAUCCUGUAUAAACAGUUUAUUCGUUAAACGACACGGUUGCACGAUACUCAGGAUUGAAAAGUGGACGGUACGUGGUCCGAAUUAUAUCGUGGAAUUGUUACAGGGAUCCCCGUAAAAAUUGGGCCGCUAAGGGAUGUCGUAAAGAGGAUAUAUCCGGCCCUCAUCCGGAGGAAAGAUAAAGGCUACGCAGAAAUAUAAUCGCCGUUAAUCGUCAUCCCGGGCCACGACGAAGCGUUUGAUAAAUGGAAGAAAUCGAUCGAAUAUCGCUUCUGUGGCUUUAUUGCCAUGAUGAAACGCGGCGACGAUGAAUCCCUCUAUUCGAUCGCAUUGUUGCGGCCAUCUCGAAUCGACCCUCUUUUAUUUCUUCAUUAGAACGUUUGAAUUGGCGUGGAAACGACGACAGGCCAGUAACGACCGAUAUUUCAGGGGAUGAUGGUUCAAGGAAACGAUUGCAGGAUUGCAACCCUUACACAGGAGAAUAUUCGAUUCGUUCCCUGUUUGGACGAUUUUUCUUUUCCACUUCGAAAUUAAUUCGAGGAAUAAAUAGUUCACGAAUGCAAUCAACACUUUGGAACUGAACGUAUUUGUUAGAUUUGUCAGAGUUAAGUUUCGAAGUUACGCAGUAGUUAUAAUUAUGUACAUUUGAUUACACGUAAUAUAUUAUUCAUAUAUUAUUCUCUGGGCGUAUGCGUUGUUAGUGUGCUUUUAAUAUUGAUUUUCAAUUCACUAAGCGGAACGUAAUUAUUGAAUGAAACUCCGUUACGAAUCGGUCCAAAUGUUUCCAACGUUUCCUUAACAAAAUGUUACUUGAACCGUAAAGAAGUUAAAUCGAUCAAUAUUUCGGAUUAACGGAUUUGACAUUUGAAAAUUGAAUUACACGUACGUAGUAACACGUAAAAUGCACGGUUCGAAUGCACGUGAAUUUGAAAUCGCAACGCCGGCGCCAACGUUGGAACGCCAGCCAGGCAUUUCCAUAAAUUUUGAAACGGGAAUGGUUCCGAAUCGAGGGCCCCUCCCGCGUAAAUGUAAAUACAUAUCCACGAAAUCCCUCCCUCUCUCUUUAAUCAUCGACGCGCCAGUUUCUCCGGAGUGUAUAUCGGAGAUUCGUGGAACAGAAUUGGCGAUAGGUUCGCGCGAGGAGCAUUCAAUUUCACUCGAGUAUCUCCAAUCAGAUUCUCGAGAGUCAACAUUCCGUUCCACCAAACCCACUCGAUGGACCACAGGAACAAGGCUAAUUCGAUUUCGGCGUAACGCGGCUUACCAAUCGACCUCGCCAUACGUGUGCCUCAACGUGUUACCAUAUAUCAUCGGAUACAAAAUCGUGAAACUGAAUUGACAAAUUGCCAGGAAAGAAAAUCCAAUAUACGUGUUAUACUUUGACUUAUGAUCAACGGUCAUAAUUUGAGAGAUACAAGCUUUCCUCUAAUUUUUCAAAAAUACGUGUCAUUUCGUUCCACGUCAUGUCCAAUAUCUAUGCUUCGUUAAACUCUUGCAAUAUUUUUAAUUGUCCAUAAUCGGAUAAAUAUUCUUUUUCAUAUUCAGAAUGAUACAUUAAGGCUUUCGAUCGUGUUCGAGAUAAAUUACAUUUUUUUUUUUUUUUGUAAUUGAAAAACAAUCUUUCGUAAAAUCGAUCGUUUCCCACGGAUAGGCGUUCAGCCAUAGGAUUUUUAAGUAAGGAAAAAAAAGAAAGAAAGAAAAGGGAUCGUCUAAUUUUGGCAAAGACAGAGCCUUACCUUCGAUCUUCGUUCCGCGACGCAACGCAACGCAACGUUUGAGAGACGAGGAUUUAUCGAACGUAGGUGUGUUGGCCGGUCGUGUUGUUCGUUUAUUAUGCUAGCUGGUUUGCCUGGCUUAUAUUGUGCCGGGCAGCGUUGUAAAUGCGCGGCUGGCUCUGUUCUUCCAUCCACCGCCCGUUACAGUUUCCUUCCUCCAGCCUCCUCAGUUCCCAUUUUCUCAACCACUCACGACUCGCGUAGGUGCGCCCGUGUACGCUGUUCGAUCCCCAAUCGCGAGUUUCGGCGCGGAUGCAGCCUCGAAAAAUUACCGUGCGCGAGAUGCCCGUAGUUUUCGAGUCGACAGUGAGCUCGGUUUACUCUUUCGAUCGAUCGUUCUCACCGCGCGCCUUUAUCUUUAUUUCGCCUUCCUCCGCGAAUGCGGCUCGAGUGUAAUUCGUGUAAAUUCGUGUAAAACAAAAAAGGAAAAAAGAAAAAAAGACGAAUGCCUCUUGCUUGGUGCGAUCAAAUUGGAGACAAGAGAGAUCACGGGAUGACCGUAUCCGAGAAUGGAUCCACAACAGAGAUGGUCUCCAUAAAUUCGGCCAGAAGUUCCAAGGUGAUUACAUCUUUCGAAGGAUGAACUCGAGAUUCUUCUGCGAAGAUUGUAGUGCGAUUUCUAUGAUUUCUUCCACAUGGACGUAUACAGUGAUUCGUAUUUUUCUUUCUUCUUUUUUUUCUUCGUUAUAUUAUUUUCUAAUUAAGGCUGGUAUAAAUUUUUCCAUUGUCUCUCUUGAGGCGUAGCGAAUUGUUCGUUGUAAAAGUUUUUCAAGGGGCGGUGUUCCCCUCGUACGGAGGGAAAGGAACGAGAGAAGAAAACGGAGAACGUUCGAGAGAGCGUUUUGUCGUGUACGAUAAAAUGCGGAUGUGCAUAAGAGCAUUCGUCUCGUUGCGAGACGUGUCUUUUCAAUGAUUCGUGUCGUCGUUUGAAUCGGGAUCGAAAAAAGAAAAAAAGAAAAAAAAAAAACGCGUAUACCUCGAUGAUCUCGUGAAAUCUCGUACUUAUCAAAAAGGACGCUUUCAUCGUUGAAGAUUAUUUAAAUCUGUCAGAAGAGGGUAAUCUUACGUAUGAUGAUCAGGGGCGCGGUGCCUCUCAGAUCGAACUCGACCUCCUCGAGGAACACCCUGAAUAUUGUCACGACCAGGGAGGAAAGACGUCGGACCGGAAGAUACGUCGCGGGUGGUGCUGUGCUGGCAAUCAUGCUUCUGGCCGUGCAUCAAGCGCUCCUCAGGGACGCGUCCACCAUAGCUGGUGUAUGCAUACCGGCCAUAAUAAUGAUCUCCUACAUUAUAUGGAUCUUGUAUUCCGCCCAUCGGGACAGACGAAAGGCGUUGAGAUUCGCGACAGCGAUGCAGCUGACAGAAGUAAUCAGCGUGCCACCCAGGUCGAACGGAGAGAUCUGCAGAAACGGGGCGAGCAAGGACGAGACACGAAAGUCAAACGGUUCGAAAUCAGCCUACAAUGUUCGAGAGUCGUCGUCCCGCGAAAAUCCUGCCUUCUCUUCCAAAGACGAAGCUGCGUGAGAGGAAUCGUUCAACUUUAUCACGUUGGAUGUGAAACCAAAACUACUCGAUUCUGGUUUUUUAUCACGACGAACUUUUCACCAGAGAAAUACCAGUAUUUUUUCCUUUUCUGUUAUGUUCUAAAACAUUUGAUAUUUUAGAUGUAAGUUACCGAUUUUUUGUAUUCUCUUUUUCAUCCAAAAUCUUCCAACAAAUGGUAAAAAUCGAAGAGGAUAAGCGGAUAAUCGAUUCGAUUGAAUUAUUUAAACGUGUCAUAGAAGGGUGAUGCAAAUCCAAAAUUUUGUGCAUACGAAUUGAGAACAAGUUCUUUCCCAUCGUAUUGUUAAUUGUUAUCGUUUGAAGUUUCCGCGAACGAUUUUCAUCAUUCAAGCGUAUGUACAACGAUUCACAACUUUACAAUUUUAAAUUAAUAAACGAAGAGAAAGGCAAAAGCAAGAGUCAAGACAAAUAUUAAGACGGUAAACUUAGUCUUAAGAGGUUUAAAACGAGAUUCGAACGGGAUCGAGUCAGCAUACUACAAUUCUUUCCGACUUUAAUCGUUCCCCCGAGGCAGAAAGCGAACGAACCAGCUUCGUGCACAACCUAAUAACAUAAUAAAUACUUGGUUCGGUUUCGUUUUCGGGGCGGCCCGAUUUCUCGCGAUAGAAUUAUUUGUUUAGCCCCGUGGCCGGAAUUAUUUGUUUCCGCGGCGGUUUGUGAUGCAACAACGUUCCCGAACGCACGUUGCCCCUGUUUCCCAGAUAAAUCUAUUUAGCGAGGCAGAUAAAUCGCGAAAAACGCGACAUGUAAUACAUUUGGAACAAUUGUCGCGACAAAUCCUAUUUUUCGGCCGAAAUUUUAUCGGGGGAGGCCGAUUUUUCCCCCACCGAUCUCUCUUCUUUGACGACAAGUUUAUUCCAAAUUUAUUGUCUCUCGUCCUUGAGAUUUCCAUUUUUUUCUUUCUUUCCUUUUUUUUUUUUAUUUUUCUAUUAUUUACGAGUUCUCCAUGCAACGCCAUUUGUCGGAAGGUCCACGGUGAAUUACGCGGAGAUAGAAAGGGUGGAACCGUGGCCAUGCCUCCUCGGUUACUUAUUAGCCUGUGCGUGGCUCGUAAAUCGCGGUUAUAAAGAGUUACGCGGAAUAUUACUUGAAAAAUACGAGCUACGUUUAAUAUUAUGUAACGAGGAACUCGUUAUUGCAUCAUUUUCAUACUUCUCGAUUAUCAUUAUUCUCGGGUAAAUCGGAGAAUGAACAUCUAUCAGGUAUUAUCAAUUGUAAUUUUCUUUGUGAUUCCUGAUCUUUGAUAAAAAAAAUGAAUAUAAUAUGGGGGGUUCUAAGAUAAGUUCUAAGAUAAUCUAUCUAAAAAAUCCCGUGUUUCACAAUAUCAAUAGAUUGAAUAGAAAUUCCGGGACAAUUUCGAUUAAAUUAUGAUAUGAAAAUAUCAUGAUAUGAAAUAAAUCUGAUAUCGAUCCAUUAACAAAUGCAUCUAAUAAAAAUUGUCUAUUUCUUUUUUCUUUUCUUUAGAAUUUAAAUAUUUAGACUGUAAGUUCUUUUCGUGAUU